GGCAGCCCGAGCAGCGGCCGGAGCCCGGCUCUAUGAUGAAGUUCAAGCCCAACCAGACGCGGACGUAUGACCGCGAGGGCUUCAAGAAGCGGGCGGCGUGCCUGUGCUUCCGCAGCGAGCAGGAGGACGAGGUGCUGUUGGUGAGUAGCAGUCGGUACCCAGACCAGUGGAUUGUCCCAGGAGGGGGAAUGGAGCCAGAGGAGGAGCCCGGCGGUGCUGCUGUGAGGGAAGUGUAUGAGGAGGCUGGAGUCAAAGGAAAAUUAGGCAGACUCCUGGGCAUAUUUGAGCAGAAUCAAGACCGAAAGCACAGAACAUAUGUUUAUGUUCUUACAGUCACUGAAAUACUAGAAGACUGGGAAGAUUCUGUUAAUAUAGGAAGGAAGAGAGAGUGGUUCAAAGUAGAAGACGCAAUCAAAGUUCUCCAGUGUCAUAAACCUGUCCAUGCAGAGUACCUGGAAAAACUAAAGCUGGGGUGUUCUCCAACCAAUGGGAAUUCUACCGUCCCUUCCCUUCCAGAAAACAGCACCUUGUUUGUGACUGCAGCACAGCCCUCUGGGGUACCAUCCAGUAUCAGAUAGAGAGUUGGGAGGCCCUCCCCUACUACCCCUUGAACCAGGGAGAGGCCUUCUCACUUUCCUUCUAACAUACCUUACUGCUGCUGGCAAACUGAUUUUGCCACGCAGGGAUUUGCAUGUAUUUCAGAUGCUUCCAAGUCUUUUAAAAUAAACAACAAAUAGUGUACAAAUAUUUUAAGACGCCAAAGCCACAUGGAAUUUUUUUUAUGUCUUAAUUGUAACCCUCCUCCAAUAUUUUGGUUUUUGGAGCCUUUUUUUUUUGUCCACUUGACAUCAGUCUAUGAUUUAUUUUGCCAGAUCAAAUUGCUUGUGGGUACAUAUUCACCCACCCUAAAUUUUUUUUCUCAUUCACAGCAUCAACAUAUUCACCAAAUCUUUUGUUGGGAAUUAAUAAAAAGAUAUUCUUGGUAUUAAAGAAGUAUAUCCACCCCAAAUUCAUUUAAGAGGAUCAUAAUCUCAGUUCGGAAACUGCAGAGUUGGGCUUUUCUGUAAGGUCUAGUGUCUUUUGACAAAGGAUUUGCUAUUUUCAGAAAUUUGCCAAUUCAUUUGUCUGAAUGUUGAGUUAGUAUUUUGUCAACCUAGUACUAUGUCCCCUCAAACACAAUAGGAAUUGAACAUGAACUAUAUAGAGCUGCUCAUAUUUAGGGAAAUAUUUUAGCAAAAUGCAUGUAAUUGAGUACAUCUCAUUCUGAAAAUACUAUCCAUGGAAUUUAUUUAGCAUGCUCAGUUGCCAGUUCCCUUUAUCAUACUUAACACAGAAUACAUUAGGAAUACAUAUUCCUCAUUACUCUUAAAAUACAUUUUUAUUUUUUAAUGACAUCUCUUCAGUUCAAACUUUAUUUUAGCACAGGAUUGGAAUCUAACCUUCAAUGCCAGUGACUGUGUCACAGUUGAAUAAAAUGGCCGUUCUUGUUCGGCUGUUCCAGGCUUAAGAUUGAUAGGGCUCAUCUGAGUAUCUUUUCUACAGUGUCAGUAAGUGCUGUUUGUCACCUAACUAGGGGAACUAGAACGUGCAUGAGCCGAGAAUUAUUUCAUCUUGUACCUGUCUUUGUACUCAAUUAAAACUGGCCAUCCCAUGUAAAGCACCUGGUCACCAAAAACCCUGUACUUCUUCUGUGAGGUCAGAACUGAAAGGGGAGAAGAAAACUAAAAUGUGGGGUGGGGGAGAGUGAAAGGUUUUUUUUGUUUUUUUUUGUAGACAUUGUUAGCCUCUUGUAAAUAUUCUAACUGACAAGCAUAAAAUAGAAAAAGUACAGUUAAAAUAUUUGCUCUGUAACUUGUUAACAUUUAAAAAUAAAAUUGCUGCUAAAAACAGUCCUACACUUAUGGAAAAUUGGUGCCAUUUUGAAAAUGAGAUCUUGUGCCAUAAAUGCAGCUGAACUAAAGAAAAGCAUUAGUUUACAAAUUAAUGCUUUCAAAGUAGUAAGUAGAAAGACUUAACCAGUAAUAUUUCAUUCUAAAUUAUGUAGUGUAAUCAAAGAUGCUCAUCCAGAAUUUUUAUAUUUUUCUUUGUACAGAGGACAUGUAUUCUGGAUGUUUUUUAAAAAGGAAACAUUUCAGUCCCACAGGUUGACAACAAUAGACUUAGGAUUUUUCUCUGAAAUUUCUAUAUACUAAACACAAAAGACAAACUGGAUUGUUUUGUAUAUAAGACUGCUUUCACCUGAAACGCCAUCACAAGUAGUUGGGGGGAUUUAUCUUGUACAUGAUAUUCUUAAGAGGUAAUAAUGCAUGAACUUAUUUUAUAAAGUCUUAAACUGUGUAUUACCAUGUAAAAUAUGUACAGUAUUCAUGUCAACCAUCUCUUUAAAAAAGUAGCUUAUAAAUAUUGUUGUAUAAUUUCUUUGGUCAGAAACAUUUGGACUAAGUUGUGUCACCUGGUCAGGAUUUUCAGUGCCAUUUAGCAAGCCAACUGUCUUUAGUCUGUGCAACUAGCAAAAACUAUGUAAUAUAGUUUUCAUUUUAAAUUUCAUAUGAGGGUUUCUCUUCUCUAUUCUGGAAAGUCUAACAAAAUUAAAGGCAAAAGCCUAAUAAGGUGAUUUAUUUCUCUUUAAAGAAAAAGCUUGCUUUUCAGGAAAAAUAGUUCAAUCUACUAAAGGUAACAAAUAAUGUCUACUAUCUCAACCCUCCAAAGUCUGCAGUGUUGAGACUGUUGUUUGUGCUUGUCUGUGGAGUAGUUGAAUAAAAUUGGGCAGCUAAAAUUUCAGUUCCAUGAGCCUCCUAAGUAAAAAACAGAAAAUAAGUUAUUGAAAAUUGACUUGCAGAAAAGUAGAAACUGCCCUUUCGUGGUGGUGAUUUUUGGUUUUUAGUUUUUUUUUUUUAAUGGCAUUUUUCCGACCAAGCACAUGCCAUCUAAUUUUCUGUCAGUCACAUUGUAUGAAGCAGAAAAGGUGAAAAAAUGAUUGUUGUAUACACUGAAUUGCUUUGCAUGAUCUCAUUUGAGAUGGUCUCAUUCUAACCGGUGUAAGAAUCUUGACUUUUUCUUUUUUACAUUUGGAAACAUCAAAUAAAAAUGGAAACGUGA